AUGCGACUGUGUGUGCUGUUACUGCUUGCGUGUCCUGUUCUUUGUGAUAAUGUGACCGAACAGUGUCCAAAUGUGAAGACAUCUCUGGGUAGUAUAAGGAAGAAACGGUAUUUAGUUUUUCCAGAAGGGAGUAGUUUUGUGAUGACAAUUUCCCUGGUAAAAGCGUUCAUGACGCACGCUCCAUCUGGUUGGAACAUAGCUUUGGAAAUCGAUGUGCUUUUUCCGCUACCCGAUGAGAAGUUUUCCAAUGAACACAGGAGGCGGAAGCACCAUCGACAAAAGAAAGAUAUCUGGGAACGGCUAGAAAAUGCAUUAUAUUAUCAUAACUUCAACGGCCGCGCGUGUGUACUUCGUUGCAUUUGUGAAAGCAAGAGUCACCUAGCACCUCCCGGUACAUCGCUGGUCCAUGAUUUACUGAGAGCUAUUUUUACGGCACCACUAAAAGAGGAGUAUUCAAACGAGAUCAGCGAUAUGUACAAUGAGAUAUUGGAUCCCAACUUUUGUGAUCAAGUCCACGACUGUCCCUUUUCUAUACUACAUUUUAUAUUAACUUUGAAUAAACGAAAAUAUUAG